UAUUCUGGCCUUCCUUAAGGAAUCUGUUUGUCCCAGUCUUUCUAAAUUGUUGGCUUGCCAAACAUGCCUUGGAAAAUAUGAUUAACGAUCUACACAGAGCCAUUCAGCGUACACAGUCCGCGAUGUUUAAUCAAGUUUUGAUUUUAAUAUCGACAUUACUAUGCCUUAUCUUCACCUGCAUUUGUGGAAUCCAGCACCUGGAACGAAUAGGAAAGAAGCUGAAUCUCUUUGACUCCCUGUACUUCUGCAUUGUGACAUUUUCUACUGUGGGCUUUGGGGACGUCACUCCGGAAACAUGGUCCUCCAAGCUUUUUGUUGUUGCCAUGAUCUGUGUUGCUCUUGUGGUCCUACCUAUACAGUUUGAACAGCUGGCCUAUUUGUGGAUGGAGAGACAAAAGUCAGGUGGAAACUACAGUAGACACAGAGCUCAAACGGAAAAGCAUGUUGUUCUGUGUGUCAGCUCACUGAAGAUUGAUUUGCUCAUGGACUUCUUAAAUGAAUUCUACGCUCAUCCAAGACUGCAGGAUUAUUAUGUGGUGAUUCUGUGUCCUACUGAGAUGGAUGUGCAGGUUCGGAGAGUACUUCAGAUUCCAAUGUGGUCGCAAAGAGUUAUCUACCUUCAAGGUUCAGCCCUGAAAGAUCAGGAUCUUUUGAGAGCAAAGAUGGACGAUGCCGAGGCCUGUUUCAUUCUGAGCAGCCGCUGUGAAGUAGACAGGACGUCAUCUGACCACCAAACAAUUUUGAGAGCAUGGGCUGUAAAAGAUUUUGCUCCAAAUUGCCCUUUGUACGUCCAGAUCUUAAAGCCUGAAAAUAAAUUCCAUAUCAAAUUUGCUGAUCAUGUUGUUUGUGAAGAAGAGUUUAAAUACGCCAUGUUAGCUUUAAACUGUAUAUGCCCAGCAACAUCUACACUUAUUACACUACUGGUUCAUACCUCUAGAGGGCAAGAAGGCCAGCAGUCACCAGAGCAGUGGCAGAAGACGUACGGCAGGUGCUCUGGGAACGAGGUGUACCACAUCGUUCUGGAGGAAAGUACGUUCUUUGCUGAAUAUGAAGGGAAGAGCUUUACGUAUGCUUCUUUCCACGCGCACAAAAAGUUUGGUGUCUGCUUGAUUGGUAUUAGGAGGGAGGACAAUAAAAACAUUUUGCUGAAUCCAGGUCCUCGAUAUAUUAUGAACGCUACAGAUACAUGUUUUUAUAUUAAUAUUACCAAAGAAGAGAAUUCAGCAUUUAAAAACCAAGACCAGCAGAAAAAAAGCAACGUACCAAGGUCGUUUUAUCAUGGACCUUCCAGGUUACCUGUACAUAGCAUAAUUGCCAGCAUGGGUACUGUGGCUAUAGACUUGCAAGACACCAGCUGUAGAGCGGCAAGUGGCCCUACCCUGUCUCUUCCUACAGAAGGAAGCAAAGAAGUCAGAAGACCUAGCAUCGCUCCCGUUUUAGAGGUGGCAGAUACGUCGUCGAUUCAAACAUGUGAUCUUCUCAGUGAUCAGUCAGAAGAUGAAACUACCCCGGAUGAAGAAGUGUCCUCAAACUUAGAAUACGCUAAAGGCUACCCACCUUACUCUCCGUACAUAGGGAGUUCCCCCACUUUUUGUCAUCUCCUUCAUGAAAAAGUGCCAUUUUGCUGCUUAAGACUAGACAAGAGUUGCCAGCAUAACUACUAUGAGGACGCAAAAGCCUAUGGAUUCAAAAAUAAACUAAUUAUAGUUGCAGCUGAAACAGCUGGAAAUGGAUUGUAUAAUUUUAUUGUUCCUCUCAGGGCAUAUUAUAGACCAAAGAAAGAACUUAAUCCCAUAGUACUGCUAUUGGAUAACCCCCUGGAUGAUUUACUCAGGUGUGGAGUGACUUUUGCUGCCAACAUGGUGGUCGUGGACAAAGAAAGCACCAUGAGUGCCGAGGAAGACUACAUGGCAGACGCCAAAACGAUCGUGAACGUGCAGACCCUGUUCAGGUUGUUUUCCAGUCUCAGUAUUAUCACAGAGCUGACUCAUCCAGCCAACAUGAGAUUCAUGCAAUUCAGAGCUAAAGACUGUUACUCCCUUGCUCUUUCAAAGCUGGAAAAGAAAGAACGAGAGCGAGGUUCGAAUUUAGCCUUCAUGUUUCGACUGCCUUUUGCUGCCGGGAGGGUUUUCAGCAUCAGCAUGCUGGACACGCUCCUUUACCAGUCCUUUGUGAAGGAUUAUAUGAUCUCCAUCACCAGACUCCUGUUGGGAUUGGACACUACACCAGGAUCGGGGUUUCUCUGUUCCAUGAAGAUCACGGAGGACGACUUGUGGAUCAGAACCUACGCCAGACUCUACCAGAAGCUGUGUUCUUCCACCGGAGACGUUCCCAUCGGGAUCUACAGGACUGAAUCUCAAAAACUUGCUACGUCUGAGUCUCAGAUAUCUAUCAGUGUGGAAGACUGGGAAGACACCAAGGACGCCAAGGAGCAAGGUCACCACCGAAGUAACCACCGCAACUCGACGUCCAGCGACCAGUCAGACCACCCGCUGCUGCGGAGGAAGAGCAUGCAGUGGGCGCGGAGGCUGAGCCGGAAAGGCCCCAAACACCCCGGUAAAACGGCCGAGAAAAUAACCCAGCAGCGGCUGAGCCUCUACAGGAGGUCAGAAAGACAAGAGCUCGCUGAACUUGUGAAAAAUAGAAUGAAACACUUGGGUCUUUCCACGGUGGGCUAUGAUGAAAUGAAUGAUCAUCAAAGUACCCUCUCCUACAUCCUGAUUAACCCAUCUCCAGACACCAGACUGGAGCUGAACGAUGUUGUGUACAUAAUCCGACCCGAUCCGCUGGCCUACCUACCAAACAGUGAGCCCAGUCGAAGAAAUAGCAUGUGCAAGGCCCCCGGCCAGGACUCCCGGGAGGAAACUCAGCUUUGAUAAGAAGGAAAUAAGAGACUUUUUUUUCUAUGAAAAUCUUGCUUGAAACAACUCUAAAUCUUAGAAAAACAAAGGUGUUGCUGGCAUGAAAUAAACUAGAUUGGAAUAUAUCCAAUUCUCUCCUAUGUAAAAAAAAAAGAAUUCUAUUCUCCUGGAAGCAUACGUUAUUUUGAAAUUUAAAGUACUGCUUAUUGGUACCCUUCCUCUUAGUAUUUGAAAGGCAUCACUGGAGUGAUUUUGAAAACCUAAAUUAAAACACAAAAAUUUAAACUUGAUACUCGUUUGACAGUAAUACAAACUGUAUGAAGCCAGUUUUUUUUUUAAGUAUUAAGGUUUUAUGAAAGUAAACUAGAAAUCCAACUAUAUUUGGUGCAUCACAAUGGACACAGAAGAUUGUUGCUUCUCUUAAAAUAAAGUGUGUCAUAGUAUAUUCUUUAAACUUGCUGUUUUAUAAAAGUGAGCUCAUCAUAAAUGUCUAGCCCUCUCUACAUGAAGAUUAACAAACUUGUGUGGCUGACUUUUGUGUGAGAAUCAUAGUUUGCUUUAGAGUAUAAAUCUUUAAGUCAUUCUAACCUUUUUUUGUUGCCUUUUCAUGUAUCAUCUUCAUUUUAGAAUUUGAGAUGUUCAUAGCAUGUUUCAUUAGUCUGAGGAAACCAAAACAAACAGAAAUAUCAAAUACAUGAACUUUUCCCUCACAUUAUGUUUGACACACACUGUAAGCCAAGAAAAGUGUACUAAAACAAAUAUUUGUUGUUCGCCUAAAAGAAUACCUCAUACAGAGGAAAUACUCAUUUGUAGACUUAAAUUUAAUCCAAGAAUUGAAACACUGACUGAAAUAUUCAGUAAUGAUUUUCAUUAGACUCCUGAGCUUUAC